AUGGGUUUUCGUUUGCCUGGUAUUGUUCAAGCUAGGAAAGCUGUUCGACAUCUUCCCGGUACUGCUAACCAAGCAGCUCCAGGAGCAUUAGAUGUUCUGAAGGGCUACUUUGCAGUAUAUGUUGGAGAAAACCAAAAGAAGCGUUUUUUGAUCCCAGUAUCAUACUUGAACCAGCCUUUGUUCUUGGAUUUGCUCAGUCAAGCUGAAGAAGAAUUUGGAUAUGAUCACCCGACGGGUGGUCUUACAAUUCCUUGCAGUGAAGACAUCUUCAUUGACAUCACUAAUCGCUUAACCAGGUCAUGAAAGUAAUGACUUCGUGCAUGGCCAGCUCCCAUAGUGUGACGUGACGUACUUGGACAUAGAAGAGGCUGAACAGUUUGGUAGACAUUUAGAGUUGUUAUGUACACAACAAUUUAUUUCAUCUUUUUUCCUGCAUGGAAAUGCAGUUUGUUACAAAUUCUCACCAAAUUGAGAAUUAGAAAUAUGAGAUCAACUGAUUCUUUAAACUCUGUAAUUCUUUCAUUUUCUCUUAGAC